AUGACUGCAAUGAUUGCAACUGGAUUAUAUGGGCAAAAGAUUCUGCAUGAUGAGCAUUAUGGUCUAUACGAACAUAUUAUCUCAUUAGGCAAAGUCUUGUUUGACCAGCAAAGGGCCGCUGGAUCCAUGGACGGCUACAUCUUCUGCUUCGAACCAGGAACUCUGCGACUUUGGCUGCUCCAACACUCUCCCAUGUCCCCUGUUGAUGGUCUGCGGUUUAGAAAGAGUGGUAGGAAGCCGGAAACCUCGAGGUCGAAACCAUCUGGGAACCCUCCCACGGGUUUCCUCUUCGUCGACCCGCAAUCGUUCAAGAUCUCCACCAAGAGCGCGACAGCCGCCACCGAUGUCGUGAAGGUUGACUACAUCUUCUCUGCCGCGAUCCUCGCCGCUGUCGACCCGACGCAAGAGCGCGUCGGCAAGCUAGACGUAGCGACCAAUGAAUUCGUCAUUGAUGGCAUCGGAGUUCGAGUUUGA